AUGGCUCUUGUUAAUCUGGGUGUUAAGGCUCUCAUUAACUGGGUCAAUAGUAUAAUUUCGCCCAACCGAGAAAUUCACGUUGAAGAUUUACAGGAUGGCGAAUUCCUGCUUCGUGUUGUUUACAAGAUAAAAAACGAACCAGACCCUCCUUCAACUGAAACAAUCGAAGAACGUUUUGAACUGAUAGCUCAAUUUGUAGAGGAGGAUUGCAGAUUUAGUCCAACCAAGGGUACCUCACUAUCCUGGGAGAACAUAAGAAAUGGAAUCAACCUGACUGUGGAAAUUUCAAAGUUGCUUUUGUUGCUAGUUUAUCAUGACAUGAUGAAUGAACGAUGCACCCUCAAAACCUUGGAAUGUGAAGUCGAGAGGGAGAUUGCAAAUCUGACUGGCUCUUUCGUAAUGGAGAGUUUUGGCUGUGUUUAUCUGAAAAGUGGCCUGGACACCUACUUGGCAAAGCGAUAUUUGCAUGUGUCUCAUGAGUUAUUGGAGCGGACGGCAAGCACCUCUACCUCCAAUGCGUCAACUGUAUCUUCACUCUCUGAUGAAGACUCCCCAAUGUUCCAUCGCACACCAAAAGUCACAUUUCUCGAUGUCCAUACUGUGGCGUCGUCUUCUGUCAGUAAAUCUCCUAUUCAAGACAUAAUGAACACUCCGAAAUUUCAGUUGCGGAAGCUUCAGCGCCAGAUCGUCCAAGACAGAGAUUAUAGGGAUGGCCUUGAGAGGGAACUCGCCAGCAAGAUUAGCCUCAUUUCAAUAAGAGAAUCACACAUUAACCAGUUGGAGUAUAAUCUGAACAAGAUGAAAGGGGAGCAAAGUGAACAAGAGCAGAGUACCAGGGCACAAAUAGAUGAACUCGAGAGCAAGAUUAACUCUUUGCAACUGCGACUCAAUGAGAUUCUUAAAGAAUAUAAAGACUUCAAAAGCAAUGCAUCGUUGGCGGAACAAAAAGUGGAUCAACUUGAAGAGGAGAAAGGUGUCCUCUCUUCACAGGUUCGUGCGGCUUAUGCACAGCUGUCUACGUCUCAAACUGAAGUUAGCAGGCUGAAGGAAACCCUAGCAUCUUGUCAAGAGGAGUGGCAAACCAAAAUUGACUACUUGAUCUCUGAACUCAAUCAAGCCACUUCGCAAAAGGACGUGCUGACUGAACAAAUUGAGAUCCUACAGGGAAAGAUUUCACGUUUAGAAGAUGACCUUACAGCAGCCAAAAAGAAUGAUGUAGGAGAAAACAUGGGGCCAAUAAUUGAGAGAGAUGAGCUGGAAAGUGAAAUCGUCCAAUUGAAGAAGGAGCUUGACAGCACAUUGUGCUGCUUGAAGAAGGCUGAAGCCAAUGAAGAGGAAAAAUCAAGGCAGCUUUCGUCUUAUGAGCAAGAAAUCACCCAACAGAAUGAACUCCUGGAGCAACAAAACUUGCUCAUUGAAGAUCUUGUUCGAUCCAAGGAUCACAUUAUGAAAGAGCUGCAAAAGGAAAUAUCUGAGCAGAGAGAAGCCCUUCAGAAAAAGAUUGAUCAUCUUCAACUUCAACUUGAUAAAGCAGAGCAGCAGAAGGCUGACCAAAUUAGUGAAUUACUGGCAGCGCAAAAGGCUCUGGAGGAACGAGUGAACUUGCUGAUUCUGGAGAAGGAGAGACUUGUUCAGGCCGCAGAAAGAGAGAAUUUGGCUUCACUUGACCGGGAAGAAGUGCUUAAGAAAGAGCUUGAAUUAUUGAAGCAAGAAGAAGCUAAAUUCUUAAUGGAAAAGGAAAAAUAUGAGGAGAGUGAGAGGCUAAAGAAAGAACUGCAGGAGCAGCUGUUGGCUAAAACGGAAGCUGUGGAAGACUACAAAGAUAAGAGAGAAAAGCUGGAGCAUGAAAUAUUCAGAUUGAAGACUGAACUUGACAGCACAGUUGACUGCUUGAAGAAGGCUGAGGCCAGCGAUGAGGCAAAAACAUGGCAGCUUUCAGCUAUUCAGCAAGAAAUCAAACAACAUAAAAAACUCCUGGAGGAACAAAACCUUGAAAUUGAGGACAUGGUCCGAUCCAAGGACCACAUCAUACAAGGGCUACAAAUGGACAUAUCUGAGCAGAAGGAAGCCCUUCAGGAAAAGAUUGAUAAAUUUGUGCAAGCAGAGCAGCAGAAAGCUGACCAGAUUAGUGUGCUACAGACAGAGCAGAAGGCUCUGGAGAAACAGGUGGACCUGCUGGUUUUGGAGAAGGAGACUCUUUUUCAAACCAAACAACAAACUGAGCGAGAGAAAUUCGCAUCACUUGAACGGGAAGAAUUGCUCAAGAAAGAGGUUGAAUUAUUGAAGAUGGAAGAAACUAAACUCUUGAAAGAAAAGGAAAAGUAUGAGGAGAGUGAGGGCCUAAAGAGAAAACUGCAAGACCAGCUCAUGGAAAAAACUGAAGCAGUGGAAGACUACAAAGCUAAGAGAGACGAAUUGGAGCUUGAACUAGUCCGUUUGAAGAAUGAGCUUGAAGGCACAGUUGCCUGCUUGAAGAAGGCUGAGGCCAAUGAGGAGGAAAAAUCAAGGCAGCUUUCGGCCUAUGAACAAGAAAUCACCGAAAAGAAAAAACUCCUUGAACAACAAAACUUGAAGAUUGAAGACCUUGUUCGAUCCAAGGAUCACACUAUGAAAGAGCUGCAAAAGGAAAUAUUGGACCAGGGGGCAGCUCUUCAGAAGAGGAUUCAUCAACUUGAGCAAGCAGAGCAGCAGAAAGAUGACAAGAUUAGUGAACUGCGGGUGGAGCAGAAGGCUCUGGAGGAAAAGGUGGACAUGCUGGUUCUGGAGAAAGAGAGACUUGUUCAGACAAAGCAAUCCAUCGAGAUUGAGAUGUUUGCCUCACAUGACCGGGAAGAAGUGCUAAAGAAAGAGCUUGAAUCAUUGAAACUGGAGCAAGCUACACUCUUGAAAGUAAAAGAAAAAUGUGAGGAGAGUGAGAGGCUAAAAAAAGUGCUUCAGGAGCAGGGGGGAGCCCUUCAGAAGAGGAUUCAUCAACUUGAGCAAGCAGAGCAGCAGAAAGAUGACAAGAUUACUCAACUGCAGUUGGAGCAGAAGACUCUGGAGGAAAAGGUGGACAUCCUGGUUCUGGAGAAAGAGAGACUUGUUCAGACAAAGCAGUCCAAUGAGAGUGAGAAGUUAGCCUCACAUCACCGGGAAGAGGUGCUCAAGAAAGAGCUUGAAUCAUUGAAGCUGGAGCAAGCUACACUCAUGAAAGUAAAAGAAAAAUGUGAGGCGAGUGAGAGGCUAGAGAAAGAACUUCAGGAGCAGCUUUUAGCUAAAACUGAAGCAGUGGAAGAAAACAAAGCUAAGAGAGAAGAACUGGAGCAUAAAAUUGUCAGCUUGAAGAAUGAGCUUGACAGCACAGUUGGCUGCUUGGAGAAGGCUAAGCUCAAUGAGGAGGCAAAAACAUGUCAGGUUUUAGCUAUUCAGCAAGAGAUCAUCCAACACAAAAAACUCUUGGAGAAACAAAAUCUACACAUUGAUGACAUUGUCAGAGACAAGGAUCACCUCAUCAAAGAGCUCCAAAUGGAAAUAUUUGAGCAGAAGGCAGCACUUCAGGAAAAGAUUGAUAAACUUGAGCAAGCAGAACAGCAAAAAGCUGACCAGAUUAGUGUGCUACAGGCAGAGCAGAAGGCUCUGGAGAAACAUGUGGACAUGCUAGCUCUGGAGAAUGAGAGACUUGUUCAAGCCGCAGAGAGAGAGAACUUGGCUUCACUUGACCGGGAAGUGUUGAUCAAGAAAGAGCUUGAAUCACUUAAGUUGGAAAAUACUACCCUCUUGAAAGAAAAGGAAAUAAAUGAGGAAAGUGAGAAGCUAAGGAAAGAAUUGCAGGAGCAACUCUUUGCUAAAACUGAAGCUGUAAAAGACCACAAAGCUAAGAGCGGUGAAUUGGAGCUUCAAAUUGUCCUGUUGAAGAAUGAGCUUGACAGCACAGCUGGCAGAUUGAUGAAGGCUGAAGCCAAUGAGGAGGCAAAAACACAACAGCUUUCGUCUUAUGAGGAAGAAAUCACACAACAGAAAAAACUCCUGGAGAAACAAAACUUGAGCAUUGAAGACCUCGUUGGAUCCAAAGAUCACAUUGUGAAAGAGCUGCAAAAGGAAAUAUCUGAGCAGAGGGUAGAUCUUCAGAAAAAGAUAGAUCAACUUGAGCAAGCUGAGCAACAGAAAACUGACCAGAUUAGCAAACUACUGGCAGAGCAGACGGCUCUCGAGAAACAGGUGAACUUGCUGGUUCUGGAGAAGGAGAAACUUUUUGAGACCAAGCAGACCAUGGAAAGGGAGAACUUGACUUCACUUGAGCGGGAAGAAUAUCUCCAGAAAGAGCUUGAAUCAUUUAAACAAGAAAAAGCCAUGCACGUAAAAGAGAAGGAAAAAAAUGAGAGUGAGAGGCUAAAGAAAGACCUGCUGGAGCAGCUCUCGGCUAAAACUGAAGCUGUGGAAGACUACAAAGCUGAGAGAGAUGAGCUGGAAGGUGAAAUUGUCCGCUUGAAGAACGAGCUUGACAACACUGUUGGCUGCUUGAAGAAGGCCGAGGCCAAUGAGGAGGCCACAAAAUUGAAGCUUACAUCUUGUGAGGACGAAAUAACCCACCAGAAAAAACUGCUGGAGGAAAAAAACGUGCACAUUGGAGACAUCGUUCAAUCAAAGGAUCACAUUAUCCAAGGACUGCAAAUGGAAAUAUCUGAGCAGAGGGAAGCUCUUCAGGAAAAGAUUGAUCAUCUUAAACGUCUAUUUGAGCAAGCGGAGCAGCAGAAAGAUGGUCAUAUUAGCGUACUACAGGCGGAGCAAAAGGUUCUUGAAAAACAGGUGGACGUGCUGGUUCUGGAGAAAGAUAGACUGCUUCAGACCAAGCAGGCUGCAGAGCGAGAGAACACGGCCUCACGUAAGAUGGAAGAAGUCCUCAAGAAAGAGCUUGAAUUAUUAAAGAUGGAAAAAGCUACGCUUUUGAAGGAAAGGGAAAAAUAUGAGUCGAGUGAGAGGUUGAAGCUUGAACUGCAGGAGCAGCUUUUGGCUAAAACUGAAGCUGUGCAACACUACAAAGCUCAGGUGGAAAAGGCAGUGAAUCACUACAAUGACAAGAAGCAGCUUCUCCAUGAUAGCCAAGAAGAGGUGACCAAGCUUAAACAUUCCCUUGAAAUAAGAGAGAAGGAGGUUAAGGCUGCUGGUAUGGAGAACAAACUUCUUCAGAUGGAAUUAGAAAAGGCUCAAAGCAAGGAGAAAAACAUGUUGGGCACAUUGGCCCGUCUGGAGGCACAGGUGGCCUUUGCUGAUCUAAACUUGCGGGCACAAAACCGAAUCCUUGGUCAUGACGGAAGUGCGCCUCAGUUGUGUCACUUGGAAGUUCCGGACAUAGACAUUAAAGUUGAGCCAAAGAGAAGCAUGAGCUCAGACAGUCUGGACCGAAGCUCACUUGAAGACUCUCUGAACAACACAAGGAAGCUUUUGGCACCUGAUGAAUCGAGCACACCGCUUGUUCGUAGUUCUGAGAGACUAGCAGCAAAGCGUUCUGCUCUGAAGGCUGAGUCACUAGAAACUCUUUACUUUACACCAAUAAACACAAGACACAGAACAAAUGCUGAAAACAAAACAGAAAUGGAUUUCGCCUUUGUGAAUCCAUCAUCAUCUGUCAAAAGGCGGAGGACAACGCAGGUUAUCAACAUAACCAUGACAAAGAAAACCCCCGGUGGUGUUGAAGAUGAUGAGACAUUCUACAGCCUGGCUUCAGCUCGUUCACAACCCAACCUCUCCAGUGCCAAUAGCGCACGUCCCAUAUCCAUGGAGCUUUUUGACACACCAGCCAAAAUGGCUGCUGCUGGCAGUGAUCAGCUCAGCGGUCUUCCUGGGUAUCGACGGAGCACACUCCAUUCGCAGACCGCGAGUACGUUUUGCGUCGGAGCAGAAAAUGAGCCAGAUGGUGCGUCUGAUGACUGGAUGAGGAUUGCUGAGCUCCAGGCCAGGAACAAGGCUUGCCUACCUCAUCUCAAGAGCAGUUAUCCUGUAGAGUUUGAGGUUGGUAGAUCAAGUACGUUCCUUUUCACCGACGAAGAAGUCCGUACAGGUGACCCAACGGAGACUAUUCGACGGGCAUCCCUCAUGCCAGGCCAGCUGCAGCGUUCUGUCACUGCCCACCGCCACUCCCUUGCGGCUCCACAGUCCACAGUCGGCGCUCGCUCUCACCGUUUGUCCUUGAUGGCAGACCACUGGCCGUCCAAACUGGUUGGCGCUUCUCAGCUAAGAAGCCCGGGAUGCAAAAAACGUUCUGCAUUGACAUCUGUUACUCAAACUUCACCUGAGAAAAAAAUGAAGCCCAGCUGUUUCCCUCGCCCUCUCACUCCCAAAAAUAAGAAUACCAACAGUGGACCCUCAAGCUCUCAACUUCAUGCUGCCCUCAGUCCAGCUGACCGCAGGCAAUCUAUGAUGUUCACCAUCGACACCACCCCUAAGAGCAACAGGAACAGUUACCUGAAAAAAGGCCUGAACAAGCUCCGUAGCUCUACCCGGAAAUCGCCGGGGAAAACUUCCAAGAGGUCUCCCGCGAAGUCUGCGCACAAAGAAAAUAUGCCGGCUGGAGCUUCUGUCACUGCAUUGGGUCCAGGGGGUAAGAGGAGGAGCUUCAAGUCACCCAGAGUGAAAGACAACAAGUCCCCUAAAAUUGGAGGCAAAAAGGCGAAGUCUCCACAGUUGACAGCAAGUGCUCGCAAGGUAAAGACAUAG